CUCUACCACCCCCCUAUUUGUCUGUAAACGAACACGUCACUGCACCGGUAGAGGCAGCUCUCUACAGUUGCCCUGAAUUGACAAAGUAAAUCAGCUUUUUCGUCGUUAUUCAUCAAGCUUUCUUGACCAUAUUAUGUCCACAAUGAAUCCCGAAUAUGACUAUCUCUUUAAACUAUUACUUAUCGGGGACUCUGGAGUAGGGAAAAGUUGUCUAUUACUUCGUUUUGCGGAUGAUACAUACACGGAGAGUUAUAUCAGCACUAUCGGAGUAGACUUUAAAAUAAGAACCAUAGAAUUGGAUGGGAAAACGAUAAAGUUACAAAUUUGGGAUACUGCUGGUCAAGAACGUUUUAGGACAAUUACAUCAAGCUACUAUCGAGGGGCUCAUGGAAUAAUAAUUGUAUAUGAUGUAACCGAUCAGGAAUCAUUCAACAAUGUGAAACAGUGGCUUCAGGAAAUAGAUCGUUAUGCUUGUGAAAACGUGAACAAACUUCUUGUUGGUAACAAAUGUGACUUAACCACAAAAAGAGUUGACUUUACCACAGCAAAGGAGUUUGCAGACCAGUUAACUGUGCCAUUUCUUGAGACGAGUGCAAAAAAUGCAACAAAUGUUGAACAGGCAUUUAUGACAAUGGCUGCUGAAAUCAAAAACAGGAUGGGUCCGCCUGCUGCUUCAGUGACAGGCCAGGCUAGCGGUGUAAAGAUAACAAGCACUCCAGUGAAACCAAGCAGCGGAGGCUGUUGCUAAGAAAAAGACACUAUGAUUUAGAAAAGACAGAAAUAAUAAAUAAUCUUGAUUGAAAAAUCCAAAGAAAACCUACUAUUAUAUCCCACCCAUUGCCAUAUUGCAAGUUUUGCCAAAGAAGGGCUCGUAAUAAAACUACAAGCGAGACUUGAUACAAUAUGCAUCCGUAAAACAACAUCAUCAUUUAAAACUUUCGUCUUGGGAUAUUUCUUUGUAUUCAAUUUUUUGUUUCAUGUUAUAUUACAAUGAUAUUUAGCAGGGAGUCGUUGUAGGUCUGAUGUGUUUUUUGGAAAAAUAGAACAUUUGAGACUAUUAGUUUGAUAAAUAAUAAUAAACUUAGUGUGCUACUUAA